AUGCGCCGCCGCGGGUAUUCAAUAGGUCCAGCUAAAGGCUACAUUGAAGGUCUCGAACACCGUCUACACGAGGCCGAAUCCCUUCUUCUUGCUCUUCUUCCCCUGAUCUCCCCCGACCAACUCAAUUGCGCCGCCGACUCUCUUCUCGUCGAGUCAACAACAAAUUCGAAUACCAAGGGCCUGAACUCCCGAGAUUCUCAUUCACCAACCCCUCGUGCCAUGCGAAACAGUCCACCGGUCUUGAACAAGAAGACCGGGAUAGAAUACUGGGAGUCCUUUCCUCUAGACACGGUCGAGAACAUUCGAAAAUGGCAACAGGAUUGUGCCAUGCACUCUAGUCAGCUACCGCCGUUGUCGAAUCAAUCAUUGCUCGACAACUCCAGCGACGACCUGCAGUCCCACCCACGCUCCCACUCCCACCACUCCUCAACCGCUCAGCACGCACAGGGAAAUGCCCCAGGCAGCCGUUCAAGGCCCAGAUCGGUCGAUAUCAGUCUCCAGAACCACCCAGCUUCCACUUCCGCAUCAACCGCUGCCCCAUUUCGCUCCGUGAGCAGCGAGUCAUCAUACCGCAGCGAAACCGGCACUCCUGUCAACGUGUCGCAGCAACACCCGCACUCACAUUCCUCGAUCCCCGCGACCAUCGCGAAUCCUUCAUCAUCCAGUAGUCGACGACAGAACCAAAUACAGUCGCAAUCGCAGUCUCAACCACGGCCGCAUUGGCAAUCCCUUUCCUUGUUUCCUCCCUCGAAUAACAACAAUAACCCGUCAGGCGCCAACAUAGGUGCCGAAGCCCUCCUUCUGCAGAGCUUUGCCGACUCGACCUCCUGGGCGCCGCAGUCGCAGUCGCAGUCACAAAACAUGUCAGGCAUGAACAUGAGCAUGAGCACAAGCGUCGAUCCAGGCAUGAGUGCCGACAACGGCUCCGGGCCAAUGGAGAUUGAUACAGGAUUCUUCGCCACUGACUUGCAACGACGGCUGUUCUGGUAG